AUGAAUAAUAAAAAAGAUCAAAAUCUGACUGCCUAAGGAACAUAAAUUAAAGGAGCCGCUAAAUAACCAACUCAUUAAGUCCAACAAUAGAAACCUGCUCAAAGUCAUCCAGUUUAACAUUAGCCUGCAAAUAAAUAACAAUAAUAAUAAAAACCUACAACUUAGCAUCCUACAAAUACUAAGACUCAAACAAAAUAAUAACCAUAAUAAUAAUAAUAAGCAGCUAAACCUCAAUAAUAAUAAUAAUAGUAAUAAUAAGUGCAACAGGUAGCUCCAAAAAAAUUAGAACCUAAGAGGACUAUCAAACUUUAGGCUAUGUUAGGUAUAAUGGAUUAAGAUAAAGAAGAAGGAAAAAUUAGUUUUUUGAUAGAUAAAACAGGUAAAUAAUAACCAAAUAAUAUUUAGGAAAUGCAUAUACAUUUUUUAAAUACAAAGGAACUAUUAUCGAUAUUUCAUCGUUUGUGAUUACUGAAUAGAAUUAAGGAAAAAAUCAUGAAGAAAAUGUUGAAAAAGCCAGAAAAUGUGUAGUAUAUGGUUUAGAGGCUGGUGAUAAUUUAGUAUUCUCAACCGAUAUUACAGCUACAAAUUUGAAUGAAUUUUUUAAGUAAAAUGUUUAAUUUAAUUUCAGGUCUGAUUGGUACAAACCAGAAGCAAUCUUUAAUUAUGAAGAAAUCACUAACCCAAAGUAUUUUAGAGCUCAUCUUUUAAAACCUGAAGAGGAUAAGGAUGGAUUUGGUAAUAAGGGAUAAUUUUGGCCAAAAAAAGAAUUACAUAUAGUCUUAUUGUAUACUUAAAAAGAAGGAGAAUUUGAUUUUGAAUAACAUUUGAAUAAGUUGGGAUUGGAUAAAUUGAAAAAUCAAUUUAUUGUAACAAUUAUUGAAGAUUGA